UUCGUUUUUACAUGUGGUCAUCGGUGACAUUUUCACUCUACCCCAAAUGUGAAUGAGGUUAACAAAUUCCACAAUUCUGACAUCCACAUUGUACUAAACAUUUUAGAUCGCUAAAGUCAAAAAGAUGGAUACAGUCUAUGGAACAAAGAAAUACUUUCAAAGUUUAUCUGGCGUGGCUGAUAUAUAUCGAACGCAGACAUGUCGGCAGAUGAGUGCGGACUGCACAUACCAAAACACUUUGGGUAGACGGUCUCAGCUGGGUGCAUACUAUCAUAUGAACAAACAGCCAACUCAUACAAAUGAUCAUAGUCUUAACGGUCAAUAUGGCUACAAUACAUGGGGAAUUUGGAGAGAUGGUCGAAAUAUAGCUCCAUCUGCAUUUUCAACAAAAAGUCACACGCAAUGUCAAAAAAACCGGUCAUUUUCUAUUAUUCUGACUACUGCGGCGUUUAUAGUUCUUUUAGCAGUAAUUUCAAUAGCUGGAUUAGCCUUCUAUUUUAGUUCAAUUAAGGCAACGCUUGAAGAUCCAAUAUUGGGUUUCAAUGGAUCCUUUCGAAUUUCCAAAGGCGAUUUAUAUUCGACAGGACUUAAAUAUAAUCAUACUACCACGUAUAAACAGAAAAUUGAAUUUUACAAACGAUUUGUAGAACGGGCUUUGACAGAUAACGGUCUACAAUCGCUUAAAACAGAUGUCUGGGGUUUCGGCGAUGGUCCCCUGAUCAAGGUUUUCUUUCGUGUUUUUUUGGAUGUACGCAAAUUGCCAGAGAACAUUCUGAGUGUUGAAGAAUAUAUCAAGGAGUCACUAUUUUUGGAAACCUCGGCUGGUAAGUCAUUAUAUCGAUCGCUCCGUCUAGACACUGAAUCGGUGGAGAUCAAGCGUAUUAUGGACGAGCAAAUUGUGCAAUUUGCAAUUUUAAGGGAGGCUCAAGCUGUGCCCACUAGUCAAACCCAGCUGGAAAAGCAUCUGAUGAAAAAGGGGUCCGCUGGACACACUUUAGAAAGUAAGCUAAAUUUGGGCGUUAGCACGCUCAAACCUCGACAUCCGAAUACCCCAUUGGGAACACGUUCGUCUUACGAGGAGCCGGAUAUCGACGUAGAUAAUGCGCCGGUUAUUCAAGGUUCAUUUGAAGGUUCCUUUGAAAUUACCAAGACAGAUGCAGAUAUUGCACGGAAGAAAGCUGCUCCUACAAAGGAAUAUCAAAGCAGUAGUCUGCCUCCCAAAACGAUUGCAGUAACGCCUUACUCCCUACGAGUGAACCCCAAGAAGCCAAGUGUUGAAAAGUUAACCACAGUGCUGUCACAGCCACCAGUCACUAAUGGGCCUUUUAGUACAGUUAAACCCACUACUCAAUUACCUACAACAAUUAAGACUACCAAAACCACAACCACUAAGGCACCAAGCAUACAGUCACCGUCAACUAUACCGACAACCACCACAACAACUAAGAGGACAACAAGUGCAACUUCGACUACCAAGGCAGUGCCAAUGACCACUACAAUCAACGCGCUUAAAUUUUCUGGCCUGACACAAUCCAUUCCCCCCUCCACAAUUGUGGUACCGAAACUUGACGCGAACCUUUUUACGACAUUCCCUAUAUUAGAUACUCAGCCUUGGCGCCCUAUGCAUCGUGAGGUGCCGGAACUCCUACCAGGACCACCUCCUGCCUUUCCAACAAAGACGCUUCCUUCAGUUGACGGGGCUCCAGCUACUUCAACUAUAUCUUAUAUGCCUCAAAAACGGAUUGAUGAACUAGAGCUACCAUUUAUCGGAGAUAAUCCGAUUCCGCCUGUAGCUGCUAUGCCACCGGUAAUUAAAGAUUCGUAUCUGGGACUCCGACAUACUGCUUUGCGUAAACCAGCCCUAAAAUUUGAGAAAUCCAGCGAGGGUCAGGAUAAGGAUCACGACUUGCUUUUCUACCACAAUUUUGCUAAUCCGAUUUUCAUGCCGGGUACCGAUAAUUUUGAACGGUUGGGUGGAGCGUUAGUCGAACCACAUCCAUUACCGGUGCCCCUAAUAGAUGAUGUAAUUAUUCCGCCAUUCAAACCUAUAAUUCCUACUCUUUCGUCUGGGGGUGAGUCUCCAUUCGAUACUGACGGUAGCGAUGGGAAGUUCGAGCACCUUGGUGGGGGAGUAAUAGCCAAAAAGCAAGAAAAAGAGGAGAUUUCAAGCAAACCCGAUACGAACACAACUGUCCAAAUCGUCCCAAGCACAAUAUCUGAUUUUACCACACCGAAUAUAAUUGAGACAAGAACAACAAAUCCCGUCAUAUCUUCCGAAAAUCCAACUGAUAAUUCUGCGCUUGCCGAUACCAUUGGCGAAUUUUUCAUGGAGCUGUUAAAUCUUCCUAAAGAGGAGAAUACGACCACGUCUCUUAAUUCUAAAUUGGAUACUUACAAAUCACAUACUGAGCUGGAGAAAGACAAUGUAGAACUGCCAGAACCUCUGUCUCACAAUUUGACUCUGUCCAAACCAAACUUUAUGAACCUUAAAGAGAUUAUACUACAACGUCAUACGCCAUCAACAAUUUACUCUAACAACACGUCUAACAUCACCACUUCAACCCCAUCCACCACUACUACUGCUAAAGAGCCAAAAAUAAAAGUAAACACGAGGUUGGGAAUUCAAACGCGUCCCAGCAGUGAUCGCCCCACCAUGCUGGAUGACUCCGUUCUCUUUCCCUCGCAUUCAAAAUGGGAGUUCGUCAACAGUUCAUCUAGCCAAAAUUUUGAAUACAAUGGUAACAUGAAGCGCGUCUUUAACAAGACCCUGCAGGCCUGGGUCUCCAUGUCCGAAGACAUUGAUAAAAUAGAAAAUUUCACACUAAACGACAUCAAAACACGUAUUAACAAUGCCAGUAAUAUCCAAGACAUAUCGCUUAUCUUUGACAAUCUGGCCUCAAAAAUGGGUAUAACUCCAAGCGUUCCUACCAAAAUUCCGCCUUUUUCACAGAAUAAAUUGAGGCAUCCACAGAAGAAUGAAAAGAAAUCUACACCAACUAGUAUAACAUCGACUGACCCGACUAUGCAUGAUUCGAGUAUAAGGGGACAUGUCGAGUUACCCCCUCAAUCGCGACAACCGUUCAUCAAGCCUAUGUCCAGUUUUAUAAACGAUGAAUCCGGUGAAGUGCCUGGAGCCGCCAUUCCAAUUGUAGGUGAGGCGGAAAUAGAAGUAGUGGACCCAUUGAAAUACGAAGAAAUGUUACAAAUUUCACAAUUCGUCGAAUCAAGCUCCACCGAGAACAGCGCACAUCGGUUGGUAACACUUCUUCCCGUUCGAUCUAAUUCGGGAAUUCGAACCUACAAUAAUUACAAACCGUCCACCGAAGACUCAACGUCCGAAAAUCAAAGCGAACUGCCACCAUUUUUAAGCAAAACAAAGACUAACCUACGGCGCAAGGGUAACGUCAGUCAGAGUCGUAGGUAUGCUCAGCCCCCGUCUGAGUCUGUCUUAAAAAUGGGCAUUAAUGUAGCGCCGAAUAAAUAAAUUUUAGUAAGAGGAAUUAACUUUUUAGCUUAAACGAUAAGACUAUAACAAUACAACCCAUGAGUUAUUUACGCAUAUCGAAUAGUUUAGUUAAUGGCUAGCAAAUUAUACCAUAAAACGAUAACUUGUUCGAAAAUUGUUCACCUUAUAUUUUUCAACAUAGCAUUAGGAACAAUUUUGGAAUGACAAUUUUUUAUACAUAAAACUCAGUAUUUAAGCUAUUUUAUUCUCUUAACCUUAUUCUUCUCCAAUAAUUAUGUACAUGAUAUAUGAUACUAAAAGCAAAGUUACUUAUUUAUAUAUAUGUAUGUACGUAACUAAAGAUGCGUUGUUUAUAACUUGGAAAUAAAAUUGACUAAACAAA